AAGAAAGCAAAGCAAUUAGUCUCACAGGCCAUUCUGUCUCCUGUUUCUCGACACAGACUUUGUAAACUGCUAUCAGGGGAAGCAGCUGGGAUUGGAGCAGAGACACCAACAUGAUGCAGGAGUAUGAUAUAAUAGUGCUUGGAACUGGAAUCAAGGAAUGUGUCCUAUCUGGCUUAAUGUCGCUGAGUGGGAAAAAGGUCCUUCACAUUGACAAGAACUCAUGCCAUGGAGGAGAAAGUGCUUCUAUUUCUCCCCUUGAGGAGCUGUACAGGAGGUUUAAGGUUCCUGGCCCUCCUAAAUCGAUGCGUCGAGGGAAGGAAUGGAAUGUGGACCUCAUCCCAAAAUUUUUCUUGGCCACUGGCCCCCUGGUUAAAAUAUUGGUGCACACUGAAGUGACUCGCUAUCUGGACUUCAAAGUUGUGGAAGGAAGUUAUUUAUUUAAAGCAGGCAAACUGUACAAAGUCCCUGCCACAGAGGAAGAUGCCCAGAGCUCAGAUCUGAUGGGCAUGUUUGACAAGAGGAGGUUCAAGAAGCUGCUGCACUUUGUUCAGAACUUUGACAUAAGAAACCCCCGCACACACCAGGACGUGGAUCCUGAAAAAACAACCACAAGAGAGCUGUUCAGCCGCUUCGACCUGGGACAGGAUGUUAUAGAGUUCACAGGUCACGCCAUAGCCUUACACUCCAGCGAGAGCUACCUGGAUCGGCCCUGUUUGGAAACCAUCAACCGGAUCCGGCUGUACUGCGAGUCUUUGUCUCGCCACAACACCAGUCCAUACCUGUUCCCCCUGUACGGGCUGGGGGAGCUACCGCAGGGAUAUGCCAGACUGAGUGCAGAGUAUGGAGGAACCUUCCUGUUGAACAAGCCAGUGGAUGAAAUCAUAAUGGACAAUGGCAAAGUGAAAGCUGUCAAAUCGGAUGGGAAGCUUUUUCUCUGUAAGCAGUUAAUCUGUGAUCCCAGCUAUGUUCCUAACAGAGUCAGGAAAGUUGGACGUGUCAUACGAGUUAUCUGCUUAUUAAAUCAUCCAGUUAAAAACACUCAUGAGGCCAGCUCCUGUCAGAUCAUCAUCCCUCAAGCGCAACUCAACCGAAAGUCAGACAUUUACAUAUGUGUGGUGUCCUACAGCCACAGUUUGGCCUCAGAUGGGAUGUACAUCGCCACCGUGAGCACGGCUGUAGAGACCAACAAUCCAGAGAAAGAAGUGGAGCCCGCCUUGGAGCUUCUUGAACCCAUCAUGCAGAAAUUUGUGUCCACCACCAACCUGCUGGUUCCAAAUGAGGAUGGAAGAAAGAGUCAGAUUUUUGUGUCCCGUUCAUAUGACGCAACAAACCACUUUGACUCAGAGUGUGAGGACAUUAAAGACAUGUACCGCCGGGUCACAGGAGCAGAGCUCUGCUUCGGGGGACCUCGGAAUCUGUCUCACGACUCCGAUGACGACUGAGAGACGCCCUCCACAUCAGGAAGAUGUGAUAAAACAGACAAGAAAAAGAGCGAAAACGGCUGUGAAACACAGAGUGCAGCAUGAACCGUGACAUUUAAAUGUUGAAAUCCCCUUCUCCACUGAUUUGAUUUUUAUAAUUUGUUGUUUGAGGAAGCUUGUAAAAGUGGAGCUGUGUAACAUUAACACUGUUCCCUCCCUGUGUUAUUUUUUCCCCUCCAUAUAAUAAUUCCUACAUUGUAUUGUAAACAUAUUAAUAGAAAGAGAUUUAGCUAAAUUUCUGGGGGUUAGUUUGAUAAUUACUUAAAUAGCAAUCAUGUAGUUCUGCAUGCAUUACCAACUGAGACUCACUUUGAAAACAUCCUUUUUGCAACUAUUCCAGGUAAAAGUAGCUCAGCUGCAGACUGCUUGUGGGUUUAACUGUGAUUAGGGAUGAAUCGAACAUGUAGGGGAUUUGCGGAUUCUCUUCUAUGCUGGGGGCUUAUGUGUCAGAAGGACAAAGCCAGUGAAUCAUAUCAUAUGCUGCACAGGCAACUUGUUUGCUGCAGAGCUGCUGCUGCUGCUGCUGCAGGAGGAGGACACACGGAGCAAAGAGGCUUAUCCAGAUAAAGGACAACUCACCACAAAUGACCUCCUCACCUCGGCACAGGCUGCUUCACAUUCCCACAUAUUAUGUCCUUUGUUUUGUUAGUGGAUUUUAUUGUUUACGUGAUGCUGAGCAGACUGAAAACUACAAAUACAGCAUGAUGGAAUGGUUUCGGUAGACAAAACAAUAAAUUAAUGAAACUGUGGUACUUAAUAAAUGUAUUUUUAAACACA